UUUCUCCAAAUAGUGGCAAUGCUAAAUACACGUGCUAUUUGCCGGCGUAUUGUUUAUCAAUAAAAAAAGCGUAUUUGAUUUACAAAUAUUUAUUUAUUUCAGAAAAAUAUUAUAAUUUGAUAUUCAAAAUAUGUUUAAGUUUUCAUUUAAUAUAGAAGUAGAUAGUGACAAUCCUUUUAAUGAUAAAAAUAAGGAAGAAGAAAAGCGUCCAGUUGGAAAUGCCUCAAAUGACAAUGAGCAGACAGAUGAGCCUGCAGAAUGGUAUAAGGCGGAGCGAGUUGAAAUUAGUGCGGAUAUAUUGGAUAAUUUGGAUGUUUAUAAAUUGAAUGCCACGACCUUAAAUGUAGGGAAUACAACAAUUCAGCACGUUGUAACUGGCUUCCUGUUGGAACACAUUACAUGUAAUAGUGCUGAAAAUAAGGACAUAACAAAAGCCGAGCAAACGCACUCUGAUCUCUUACCAGCGGUUUAUGAAGGUGGCGCAAAAAUCUGGGAAUGUACCGACGAUUUACUACAAUAUUUGGCUAAGAAUUUCGAUUCACAAUCCUGGUAUGACAAACGCAUAUUAGAUUUGGGUUGUGGUGCUGGUUUACUUGGCAUUUAUGUCUACAGGUAUGGCGCAGUGGUGCACUUUCAAGAUUAUAACAAGGAUGUACUUACGCAAAUUACAAUACCAAAUGUACUCUUAAAUGUGGAAAACUCCACAAAAACUACUUCAUGUACAGAAUCAGCAUCGACAGAGGCUGAAGAAGUGGAGACCCUAAAUAUUGGCGCAUUAAAAGAUAAAGUUCAAUUCUAUGCCGGAGAUUGGUGUGAAUACACCAAGUUAGCAGCGAAAGAUGCGUACAAGUUUGAUUAUAUACUUACUUCAGAAACUAUAUAUAAUCCCAAAAAUCAACAAAAACUAUUAGAUACUUUCUAUUCAAAACUAAGUACAAACGGUGUUGUCUUAGUAGCAGCAAAGACCUACUAUUUCGGUGUGGGUGGUGGUAUGCGGCAAUUCGAGCAAUUGAUAAAUAUUGAUAAACGCUUUCAGUAUAAAGUAUUGUGGACCAGCACGGAUGGUGUAGGCCGAGAGAUAUUAGAACUAAAAUUGAAAAAAUAAUAAUUUUAACUGUUUUAUGACUUGUAUUUAUUUAAAAUAAUUGACAAAAGAAAAAA